GUGUGGGUAUGGCCAUGAGAAAAAUGGGAAGCAUGGCCAAACCAGAUGUUUACAUUAUUAAGGAUGGGGACACAAUCACCGUAAAAACAGAAAGCACCUUCAAAACUUCACAGUUCAGCUUCAAGCUUGGUGAGAAAUUUGAGGAAAAUACACUAGAUGGGAGGAAAACUCAGACCCUUGUCAGCCUAAAAGAUGAUGGGUCAUUGAUAUGGGAUGGCAAGAAGACUAUAAUAACACGGAAACUAGUGGAUGGGCAGUUGGUGGUGGAAUGUGACAUGAAUGGUGUCAAGUGUACUAGAGUCUACCAGAAAGCAUGAGGAUGUCUUCACGUUCAGUAGGAACUUGCUACAAACAACUCAGUCCAGUGGACAGAGCUCCUUUACACUCCGUAUUUCCCUCUCCCUGUUUUCUAGUAUUUCAAUGGACUGAGUAGCUGAGUGCAAUCCUUUUUAAAAGCCGUGAUGUAACUAUUAUGUAACUAUUCUGAACUUAUGAGGCUAUUAAAUAAAAUUGUGGAGUAUAUAAAGUGGAAAUGUUGUUACUAUGGUGGGGUUUUAAAGUGAUGUUUUAUAAAAACUCAGUUUGGUUUUAGGCUCUACUACAAACUGCCUCCAGUUCAAGAUAAUAUGACAACAAACAGUUAAUAGCAAGCUGAAUUUUGACCAGCAUCUUUAAUUGCUAAGGUGGUAAAAUCAGAAAUAGAAAAAACAUUCACAAUUCAGGCUC